AUGAGUGACUCCAACAACAAGUACCCUCCACCCGAAUACCCCCCAUCAGGUGCUCCACAAUACAACAAUGAUGGCAACAACAACAACCACGAUGGCACCUACUAUGUGCAGCCUGACUUGGAAAAUGUAAACAAUGAAAAACCACAACCUUCACAAGACUUUGACCAGAGUUUCAAGAUUGAAAAGCCAAGAUUGAACGAUUGGCCAUUCACCAUUUUCUUUUUGCUAGUAGUUGCUGGAUUCAUUGCGGUUGCAGGUAUAACUUUGAAUGGGUUGAGAGAGACAUACUCCGACCAAGGGUCUGGUAUCUAUGGCUCAUCUAAUUCAUUCACCGUGAAUAGAAACACUGUCAUUCUUUUCGCCUUUGUUAUUGUCUUGUCGAUAGUAUUGGCUGCGUUGGGGCUUUUAUUCAUCCGUACAUUUGCAAAACAGUUUAUUUAUGUCGCAUGCGUCUUGAAUGUUGUACUAUCGAUCGGAACUGCCAUCUUUUACUUUGUUGAGCAUUACUACAGUGCUGCAAUUGUGUUUUUGAUAUUUGGAUUGUUUGCUGCAUUUUGUUAUUGGAGAUCGAGAAGUAGAAUUCCCCUCAGUGCAACAAUAUUACGAAUUGUGAUUGAUGUCAUGAAGCAAUAUCCAUCAACCUUGGUCACAGCAUUUUUUGGACUCGUGAUUAGUGCUGGUUUUGGUGUAUUAUUCAGUGUUGUGAUUGUCGGUACUUAUGUCAAGUAUAAGCCAAACGCGGAUAACACCGCGUGUGAAGUUGGAGGGGGAUCGUGUAGCCAAGGCAAGUUGGUUGGUGUUCUUGUAUUUGUGUUCUUUGCUGGAUACUACAUAUCUGAAGUUAUCAAAAAUGUUAUUCACGUCACUAUUUCGGGAAUCUAUGGUACAUGGUACUACUUGUCCAAUUCCGACCAAGGUGCUCCAAGACACCCUGCUUUAUCAUCGUUCAAAAGGGCUUUGACUUACUGCUUUGGGUCCAUCUGUUUUGGUUCGUUGAUUGUGGCAUUUAUCCAAUUGGUGAGACAAUUGCUCAACAUUGUGAGGUCGCAAUUUGUCGAUUCAUUUGCUGGCCAGUGUGCUUUAAUCAUUGUUGAUUUCAUUGUUGGCUUCAUUGACUGGUUAGUUCAGUACUUUAACAGAUAUGCCUAUUCGUAUGUCGCACUUUAUGGAAAAUCUUAUCUCCGCUCAGCUAAAGACACUUUUGAUAUGUUUAGAUUCAAAGGUAUGGAUGCAUUGGUUAAUGAUAUGUUCAUCAAUGUGGCAUUGAACUUUUACUCAUUGUUUGUUGCUUAUUUGUCCUCGUUGUUGGCAUAUCUUUAUCUUAAAUUUACCAAGCCUGGGUACAAUUCUGAUGGUAACUACUAUGCUCCUGUUGUGGCAUUUACAUUUUUAAUCUCGAUGCAAAUCGCUAGUAUCACCUUGAGUGUUAUAGGUUCAGGUGUUGCCACAUUCUUUGUGUGCUUGAGUAAAGACCCUGAAGUCUUGCAAAUGCUGCAAAGAGACGAAUUAUUCAACCAAAUUCAAAGAAACUAUCCUCAAGUGUAUGAAAAGAUCAAUACAGAUCAUUAG